AUGCAGGAACCAAGUACCGCAUACCUUCGCCUGGCUCCGGAAGCUGCCGCUGCGGCGGCUGCUCUGCAACGCUGGAACAAAGAAGCAGAGCAUCGCUUGCUCGAGCUUGUGCGGAAGGCUCUGGAGGACGACCGCAAGGACUGCAAUGCCCAAAAAGGAGAGAACGAGCAGCAGGUGGAGGUGGGCGAGCAGAACAUGCCUGAGUCAAGUUCAUCAUCCUCAUCCUCGGACUCAAAAAGCUCGGUGCUCGGACAUGAGCGUGUCCAGACGGCCCUGGACGAAGCGAUGGCCGAGAACACUGAGUACCGGCAGGGCAUCUACUGCAAGGACAUCAUCAUCAUCAUCAUCAUCAUCAUCAAAGAGUUGGAAGAAGAGCUGCAGGUGGCCAAGCGCAAGCUCGCAGAGUACGGGUGGAGGAGACACCGGCUGGUGAGUAGACCGAGGCGACCAUCGAGACAUGCAUAUGGCCUUUUGACAUCCACUGUAACCGUCCUGAGUUCGGCAAUGUCGCCCGCCUGGGUGAGGUCACCCAUGCAGGGCGACAGCGUAGAUGAGCUGCCGGAAAGCAUUCGCCUCAAAGGCCAGCUUCCACACGGUUCCAGAUUGGGGCUUAUCGCACAAGACAUGGAGGACGGAACAACGCCCGUAAAGAAGUUCAUCUACUUCGCGGAGAAGACGAAUUUCCAGCAAGUCGUGCAGUUGUGCAGGGGGCAGUGCUGUGUACCAACCUUCAAGGCUGGGCCACGGACACUCAAGAAAGCGAGUCAGUCCCUCAGCGAUCGUCUUCCAGGAUACCACAUUGAUUGGGCUAGCAUCUCUUCCACAGGCCAGGCCGGCGCAACUGCUGCUAAAUUCUUUCCGUUCACGACGCGGAGCCUCAAGCCGUUCAUGGCUGAUUUCCUCCCGCCAAUCUUGUAUCCGCUCCUGCUGAACCAUGGCAUCCGCACCCUGGGUUGGCCCGGUGUUGGCAAAACCCCUAUGCUCAUUGUCAUGGGUUUGGCCAUGGAUCGAUACCACAUUUGCCGCCAAAGGAUUGAUGGCGUCAAGCCGGCCUGGCGCAGUGCUAACGCACGAGACAAUUUCCGUCAUCGUGUCGGGCGAGUUCAUGAGGCUCUGAUAUUGGACGACCCGGAAGUUGACAAGCUCAACGUGUCCGAUUUCGAGUUGGAUGACAUCGGAGGAGGACGCAACCUGCAGUGGCAGGUGAGCACGAACCACCCAACGACAGUGGUUCGUCGAAACAUCACCUUGGAGGAGGAGUUCUUCACUCUUGUCAGGAAGCUCUCCGCUGGUCAUAAACGUGUCGAUGUUCUUAGAGUCCUCAAGCGUUCCGUCGCCAUGGUGUUCGGACAGCAUGCCAGGUAUCUCCGCUUGCCAAAUCAAGACCCUUACGCCAUCGCUCACGGCAUCAGCACUGGUGACGUCCACUCGGAUGUUCUCAGCCCUCACGACAAGCCGCAGUGUGCCAAGUACAAGAUCGGGACAGAAGAGCUUCUGCCCACCUUCGCAGAAGACGUCGCUUUGGAACACAGAAUUCUCCAAGACUCAAUGGCCUCGACGGCCCAGUUUAAAAGCUUGGAAGAGUACAUAGAGCAGGCAAACAAACGCAUAAGAGACAUGGUGUCCGGCUUCUUUCGCCUGCCUGCGAGUUUUUGGGAUCAGCACGUUAGUUCAGAUUCCGACGCCGGGCCCCCUCUCACCAUCCAUGGCACUCCCUGCACAACCGCCACACCCAAACGGUCGGGCACAUUUCGCGUCGGCAGGGUCACGACCAAGUCCGAUCCCGCUGAUGGUGUUUCCACAGCCCAGUCAUUUCUGAUGAACAUGUGGGCAGAAACAAUCGCUGAGGAGGGCGACGAAGACCCUGACGAGGAGGCUGCCAAGUACCUGGACCUCCUUUGUGCCACCAACAAAUACAUCGUGGACAUGCUCACCAAGGACAACAUCCUCCAGAACCGGACAGGUAGCUCAUCGUUGAAAACGAAUGUCGAUGCAUCCAGUCUUCAAGUUUAG